CGAACAAAAAAAAAAUAUACGUCAAAAAGUUGAAUUAUGUUUUGAUUGUUUCGCUUGGAAAAAAAAUUAGUAUUUUUUCUUUCGUUUUGACAUUGUUUGCAGAUAAAGCGAAGAAAUUGAAUAAAGCAACCCAUUGAUUGGUGUAAUUUAAAACAGUGUCUAGAAAAGUUAUUUGUCGCAACAAUUUGUGCAAAAUUUCGUCGAAAGAAGUAUAGAAAGAGAAAAAAAAAAUCACACACGAUAGCGAUAGAUCAAACAAAUACUUCCAGAAAACAGGUAAUUUCCAUGCAAUUCGAAAAGUGAGAUAGUGGGAAAGAGAAAGAGAGAGAGAGAGAGAGAGCGAAAUCGGAUCAAAUGUUGUGAAGUUUCAAUUUAUAUCAGCGUUCAAUUUGAAUUGAUCGCAGAGAAGAAGAAAAACUGCACGAAAAAAAAACAAAAAAAAAAAUCUUGGACGCAACCGAGUGCCGAAUUGUUUCACAAUUUUGAAAGUGUAUGCGAUCUUAUUUGACGGUGAAUUGUGUUUGAAACAGAUGAAAAAAAAACUAACCAGCGCUUCGUUUUAGUGUCAACAUCUUGAAUACAUUUCGUUGCCACGCGAUUCGAUUGCAUUGCUAAUAGCCUCAUUCGAUAUUUCUGUGUUCAUCAAACACAACAUAACAUGUCAAUUAGCAGGACCUAAAACAAGCAACUAAUAUCAGCCAACGAUUUGAAUUUCAAGGGUUUUAUUUACAUACCACACAAAUACAGAGGAUACUUAAUCUUCACGUCAGCCAGUGGCAACUGGGCUGUUUCAAAUAUAAUGACGGACACCAACAAUGGUUUACCGCCUGAUGUGAAUCCUGAAAAUAAUCCACGCCUAGACACUCCGCUCAUCAAUAAUAACAACAUUUUCAAUAACAAUACCAAUCGAUCGCGCAACAGUCAAAACUCAUUGAUCAGCGUACGAGAUAGGCUCUUCCAUGCUCUUUUCUUUAAAAUCGCUUUAGCCUAUUCACAAACGGUGCCGGGGCCUGUGCGACGGAUCAUCGAGUUCUUCUUCUUAGUCAAGGCGUUGAUUGCUUUUUUCAUCUUAGUCUAUAUUCAUAUAACUUUUUCACAAACUCCAGCCACAUGCUUAGAACAUAUGAAAACAAAAUGGCCACGCGAUGGAAUCCUUCGGGUGGAAAUUAUUCGGCUGUCCGAUAAAUCGUUUAAAGAAACCAUCAAAGAUGCUGAACUAUCCAGCUAUCGAUCGACCACAAAAGAAGGUUACGUAAGUUUGGAUCCAUCAAAACCGUUGCCUCAUGAAUUCGAAGAGGGUAAAUUAAGUCGAUACAAUGAUAAUUUGCGUCAAAAAUAUGUGACCAAUGUGGAUAUUGUGGCGGGUGGCGAACAACCAAACGAAGCUGUUAAUGAGCACGAAGCAAAAAUCGUAUCCCAAUAUGCUGAUGCAAACGACAGUGUGAUACUGAAUAAAACCGAAUUUCGUGAAAUUUUGAUGAACGCUUUAAAUAUCAAUAACGUUACAACAAAUGAUUUACCAAAAUCAAAUAGUAUCAAUGGUAUAGGCAAGCCAAGUAAUGCGCCGAUUUCGGAUAGUAAUCGAUUUAAAAGCGUCAAAAGUCCGGAAAUUAAAGCAUCUUAUGAACACAGCACUUCAUCACCAAUACCAGCAACAACAACAACGACAACGACGACAACGACAACAGAUGAUGUAAUUUACCUAAAUCAAACGAUCGAAAAAUCAUCGUCGCCGACACUGGCAAGUGAUGCUCAGAAAAAGACCAACCCCAUAUCGCUCGACACACCGGAAGUUGACAAACUAUUGAACGAAGUGUGGCCGGAGGAGAAUUACAUCGUUGAAUAUUCAUUGGAAUAUGGUUUCUUGCGUUUGUCAUCGGCGACACGUGAACGUCUUAAAAUACCGAUUCAAGUCGUAAAUCUGGAUCCUGAUAAAGACAAAUGCUUUGGUGAUCCAUUAAGUCGUUUCAUUCUGAAGGAAUUUCUUGGAUACGACGAUUUAUUGAUGGCAUCGGUUAAAGUGCUUGCCGAAGAGGAGAACAACAAAGGCUAUCUGAGAAACGUUGUCACUGGCGAACAUUAUCGUUUUGUAUCUAUGUGGUGGAUGGCACGUGGCUCAUAUCCGGCUGCAUUUUUCAUUAUGAUUUUAUUCACGGUGUCAAUUUCGAUCCUAUUGCGUUAUUCACAUCAUCAAAUAUUCGUAUUCAUCGUGGAUUUGCUGCAGAUGCUUGAGUUCAAUGUAUCGGUUCGAUUUCCUGCCGCUUCGUUGUUUACCGUCAUUUUGGCCUUAUGUGGGAUGGAAGCAAUUAUGUCGGAGUUUUUCAACGACACAACUACCGCAUUCUACAUCAUUUUGAUUGUAUGGAUUGCAGAUCAAUACGAUGCCAUUUGCUGUAUUACGCCAAUCACCAAACGACACUGGCUGAGAUUUUUCUACCUGUAUCACUUUUCUUUUUAUGCAUAUCAUUACCGAUUCAAUGGCCAAUACAGCAGCUUAGCGUUGACAACAUCGUGGCUUUUCAUCCAGCAUUCGAUGAUAUAUUUCUUCCAUCACUAUGAAUUGCCUGUGAUUAUUCAACAAGCCCAAGUGCAGCAGAUACUUCGGUUGCGAACACGUCAAAGGCAUCAGCAACAAAAUGGUAACGGUGCACACGGUGCAACGAAUAAUGCGUCCAACAUAAGAAAUGGUUCGAAUGCAGCAAAUCAAGCGAAUAACGAUACAAUGGGUAACAAUCAAACGAACAAUAAUGGCAACAGUCCCAAUAACAAUAACCGUCGCAAUGGCAAUUUGCUCACAACGAUUUCGUUCAUUUUGAGCUUACAAAUGGCCACUACGCUAUUCAACUAUGCGACACGUUUGAUUGGAGCGCUUCAAGGUCGGCUAACGAAUGAUGUACUCGGCACGGCCGCAUUUUUCAACAAUAAUAAUGACAACAGCUUAAACAACAAUAACAAUAAUAAUCCAACGGCAAACAUCACACGCUUACGCAUUAACCUGAGCCGAUUGCGACGUAUUAAUUUGGCUGGCAUACAAAUUAAUCCAAUCCAAAUUAAUCCGGCCGAUGGCACUGGAAAUAUUCGCAUCGAUAGAGAUGAAACAGCCAACGGUGUUGGACCAAUGGACGAAAAUAGUAUGGCCGCUGCUGCCGUUGCCACCGCAUCGUCAUCGGCAGCAACCAGCCAAACGAAUCACCGUGAGGCACACGAUGAUGAAUCAAAUUGUCAAUUGCAUCAUGAAUUGAACAACAGUAACAAUGACACAAAAUCCAAUGAAAAUACAUUUGACCAGAUUGCUACCGAUGACUUUGACAUCAUCGAUGCAAACGAUGGAAUCGAGGUAAAACCAAACAAUGAAUUAACCAAUGCGGCCGCAUUUGAUAAAGCCAAACUCGCAUCACAAUUGGCCGACAAAACAUCAUUCUAUCGUAUUGACCGGACCCACGACGGAUCAUCACUUGAUUACGAUAUACAAAUUCAAUCAAUUGAUCCGAGUCCAUCAAAUUUGAAAAUUGAAGAUCCGUGCAAUACUACAGCAAUAAGCAAUGAUGUAAAUCAUUUGACAAUGAAUGCACCGUGUAUAGCUAACGAUAUGAAUUCAACGGGCCCAAUCAACGCUGGCAACGGUGAUGGGCUGUAUUUUCGACAACGGUCGAAUAUAACGUCGACACAUCAAACCGAACCGUGCGGCCAAAUCACAUCUUUAGACGAAUUUUCAGCUGAAAGUCAUAGUUGGAUACAGGGUGAUAGAGGAGAUCUUAGUUUAGCAAAUACAGAUAUUGGCAUUUGUACAGAAUUAGAAGGAGCAAAAACGUCAUCAUCACAUGCCGCUACAGCGGCACCUGCACUGGGCGAAUCGUCGAGUCAGCGAAAGAAUGUCACAAUCACAACAUCACCAAAUACGACAUUCGACGACGUGGCCGAUACGACGACGACGACGACAACGACAACGACAACGACAACGACAACGACGGUGGCACUGGCCGACAAAAACAUUCUGACAACAACAAAAAACAACAUUGAUGGUCCAUACGCAUACAUAUAAAAUGUUGAAAGAGAGAAGAAGAAAAAAGAAAAGAAAAAUGAAUAAGAAAUAAAACGCGUCCACAGAAUAUAAAGUUCAAAAUUGGAACAUUAACUGAAACACACAGCGUUUCGGGCCACACACCGGAAAUAAGUUUGUUUGUUACGUUUAGCCAUGGUUCCGGUGCAAAAAGUAUAUGUGCGAGCGAGCGAAAGAGAAGUGAGGGAUGGAUGGAUGGAUGGAUGGAGAGACAGAGAUAAAACCGAUUUGAUUUCAGCGAGAAUGAAAGUUCUUUUGUGUUAGCACUUCAGGUUUCACUCAUGCAAAAUUCUUCAUUUGUACUUUCAUUUCUUCUUCAUUCUUUUCUUUUUGUAUUCUUUUCGAAAUUGAGCGCAGCAGUUCAGUUUAUUUUUCCUUUUCGUAUGUAUUGUUGUUAAGAAUUGUUCAAUCGAUUGGUAUAAGAGUAUGUAUAAAAAAUAUAUAUUUAUUGAAAAUAC